UCACCUUUACAGCCAUAUAUUUCUCUUGUUGCGUAGUUACAGGGUGCGGUCAAGGGGAGUGGUGCGAUCAGAGCAGGUUAAAUUGGUCAUAGGUGGCUGCUAGCGUCAGUUAGUAAACGCACAGCUUAGACGAGUGUUAUACCGCUGGUCGUCAUGGAUUUUGAUUUGUCAAGUGCUGUGGACAAGGAGGAGAAGAUUAAGAAAGAGAAGGGGCAUGUAGAUGAGGGGUUGUUUGGGUUCGGAAAAAAGAAGGACACGGACAAGGACAAAAACAAAGACAAAGGCAAGGGCAAGGACAAGGACAAGCAUAAGAGUGAACAUAAGGAUACGGAUAAGGAUAAAGACAAGCACAAAGUGAAGAGUGGUGACAAGGAGAAGAGCAAAGAGCAUAAGAAAAAGAAGGAUAAACAUCAUGAAAAGAAGGAUGGCCACGGCUCUUCAUCAUCUUCAUCAUCCUCUUCUUCCUCUUCUAGCAGUAAUGAGGAUUAGCACAAGAUGGACAUUGCAAUCCUAAGAGGGCAGCAUGGGGAAGGAGACCUGAGAUUGUGUAUAUAGUCAUAAAUUAACUUGCUAAUUAUAUGAAAUGUCAUUGUCACAUCCCAUAACCACCACUUAUGACCUUAUCCUUGGACUUGAUCCUUGGACUCCUCAGAGUUGAACAUGUGUGAACAUGCUAUUGAACAUGUGUGAGUUAGUCUGACUGUGAAAAUAAAAAUUGCAUUAAUAAAAUGCUCUCUACAAUUUA